AUGGCGCCUCGCAUCAUCAUCCAAGAGCACCUCCCAACAACCACUGCCGCAGAAGGAGAAGUCUCGGCUGCCACAGACGCCAACAGGUCCCUCCAGGACCGCCUGCGGCAGCACAUCCCGCACUCGCUCGCGCUGCUGCGGCGGCUGCAGUUCGCUGGCAAGUUUGCCGGCACAUCGCCGGCCACGGCGCGCGUGCUGCACGCCUACUACUCUUCUACUUCUCCAGAAGGCAGCAGCAGCAGCAGCAGCAGCGAUGGCCCCUUCGCCGCCGCCUACGUCGACCUCUCGCGCGGGCCCGAGACCGAGUGCUGGCUGUACAGCUCGCUCGAGGACAGCUGCGCGUCAGCGGCGCACACGACCGACGAUGAACGCACGCGCCUGACGACGAGCUGCGCGGCCGCCGAUAGCGAUGCGGCCGCCGCCAUGGACCUCGGCCACCUCCGCGGCGGCGUUGUGGUCGGCGCGCUGAACGAGGCCGUCCGCGCCAGGCUUGGCGAGAGGGGCGUGCUGAUGGGCAGCACCAUCGCGAUCCCGCGCGGCAUGGACUGGGACUGGUGUGCCAAGUGGUUGUUUCGCCUAGACGCGCUGCCGGGGGGUGGUGGCGGCGAGAUGGAGAAGAUGCGCUGGGAUACCGCACGGCGCGAGGAUCUCGAUGUCAUCCUCUCGAGGACGGCGGUUCCUUACUCUCCAGCGACGCUCCUUACACUGCCAAACACGGUCGUCAGGCUAGAUGACGGAAUUCCCAUUGCGUGGGCCUUCCUGGGGCUCGAUGGGACGACAAAAACGCUCCAUGUAGAGGAGCCUUACCGCCGCCGGGGUCUGGCCAAGGCUGUGGCAGCCAAGCUCAUGCGCGCCCAUCUCAAGGACUACGGCGACGACGGCUGGGGCGGCGCCGACGUGUCCGUCGCCAACCUCAAGAGCCAGGCGGCCUGCAAGAGUAUUGGCGGAACGCUGGGCUGGGUGCUAUCCUGGUAA